AUGAAGGUUGUUUCUCCCAUGAAGGUCAAUAAGCGGGGUGAGGAAGAGCUGGUCUCAAACCCCGUAUUUCGAGCUAUUCGGAACAAGCUGAGCGAGGAUAUGAUGCUACGAUUCUGUCCUGCACAUGAGCUCAGUGUUACAGCCGAUGACAAGAGAGAAUUCGAACUUCAUCGAGACAUACUUCAUGCUGCCUUUAUGCCCUUGAAACAGCUCCUACUCCAUGCUACCAAUCUAGCAUCCCGUUCGCUCCCAGACCACCUAUCAUCAGACCCAGAGAGAGCCUUCCAUGGUGGAGCACGAAACGCUUUUGCAUGGCUCAGCUCUAUAAUCACUGAUGAGCCGGACUGGUGUGCGACAAACGGUUGUCCUGCUUGCGUUGUCCUUCACAUCUUCCAUUCUGAGCCGUUGAUCCGCAUCGUAGCCGUUGCCUGUCGCGUUUCCAACUGGAUGGUUCUCGUCGGGCUCGUGAAGCCCUGCAUGCAACUGCCAAAUUUCAGCUUCUGGCUAGGCGCACUUGCGAGUGCCGUCGUGGAAGACAAGUUCUGGGGCUGUGAUUACUGGUCGGAAAUUUAUGAUCGGUCCGUCUAUAUGGAUUUGAGUGCGCGGGAGCUCGUCCAUCAGUGCUUUGAAAUACGCGAUGCGGGCUAUAAGAUCCCACAUAGGACCCUGAACUAUGGCCCCGGUGUCACCGCUGAUGGGCGGCCUCGAAUCCAUGUUGAAGACACACCUCACCCCCUUUUCAUGCCCACGAAAAUUAUUGAGCAUGAGAAAUGGGAGGAGCUCGUUCUGAUGGCGCGAAAGAAUCAGUCCCGCUCUCGACUACUACCGCGCAACGGGGGGCAGGGCUUUAUCCCGCGGAGACAUAGCAGGAAAAUGGCGGUUGCAGCAUAG